UUUUACUCAAGUACCAUCAUCGGAAAACAAGUACCAUGUAGGAGGUUUUAAGUAGUAUUUUUAUGUAGAUGUAUAUAUAACAUCAUGUCGUCUUACUGUGUUGAGGUGUAAAGAAAACUGUGGAAGCGAAUUCCACUGCUGUGAAGACUAAGAACAACCGACAACCGGAUAGCUGUGAUGUCUGUAUGCCCUGUGUAUGGAGCCAAGAAAUCCAGAUUUAUAUCCAUACAGGAAACCAAAAGAGGUACAGAAAGAACAAUAUCUAAACUACAGGAAAGCUUUUCUGAAUGACACAAGAGAUGUAUUCGAAGCUAGAAGAAAAGUUCAGUCAAGUGCAAAGCGUAAAGUCACAGCAGGUCCAUCGCCUUUUGGUGGCAUGAGUGGAUCGGCUGCCUUGGCAGCUGUAGCAGCAGCAAAUGCAGUAGCAGCUCCAACAAUCCAGUCAGGUUUAGCCACUACACUACCUGGAAGCUUGCAGCUUAACAAUCUCAGCAAUUCAGGUGGCUUACAGCUACAACCUACUGGAGGUCUUUCACUAACAUCAACUGGAAGUGGUUUAGGAGCAAGUUUGGGACAACAAGGCUCAACUGGAUUACAGCUCAGAGGAGCAUCAACUGGACUUCAACUUGGUUCCGCAGGAGCAGGUAUAACUAGCAGCUUACAACUAGGGCAGAGUGGGCUGAGUGGCUCGCAAGCAGCAGCUGCUAGUAUUGGUGGGGUACAACAGAAACCCUUUCAACUCCAGCCUGUACCUGCAGGCAAGCGAGGAAGAAAACCAUGACAAAUGAGUUGAGGUAGACUAACAUGCAUAUGAGCAGUAACUAAUGUGACAACAGCUGUAAGCAUGUCUUCUGAGGAGCUGACAAGUGAAAAUUGAAUAAUUAUUGUCUUUGUAAAUGUUAAUUUUGCUGUGUACUUUUUAUAUUAGCUGCAACUUGGACGAUGUAAUGCAAGGAUAACGCAAACUGCCACCUGGUUAGCUAGUUCGAUCACUGAAGAAUUUCUAAAAAACUGUCCAAAAGAAUGUGUUAUGAUCUAAAUAGUAGCUAGCAUGCGUGUGUCAAUCUCAUUCUGCAA